ACGAACCCUAGGCCCGCCAAACUCACACACUGAAACAGAGAGAGGUGCAGAUCGAUGCGGCGGUGGUGGUGCGCCGCCGGCGGCCUCGGCCGCCGCGUCCUCUCGUCCUCCGCCGCCGCCGUCGCGUCCCAUGCCCGCCCGCUACCCCAACCCCUGAUCCCCAAAUUGCCCUCCUUCACCGCCCCUUUCUCCAUGUCCUGCCGCCGGCACCACUCCCUCCACGCGCCCCUGCCCCAGGGGUACUUCCACCCGGCCAUCGCUUCCUCCUUCCGCCCUCCGUCGGCGCUUCAGCAGCAGGUGCGGCACUACGCCAAGAAGGAGAGGUCGCGCGCGCCGCUCACGCCCACCAAGUCCAAAGUCAAGAAAUACAAGAUGAAGGCCCCCUCGUCCAUGAAGUUCAGAUUCAGAACCAUGAACGACGGGCAGAUCCGCAGGUGGAGGGCGGGAAAGCGCCACAAUGCGCACCUCAAGUCCAAGGAAGCAAAACGAAGACUUCGGAAGCCUGCGUUGGUGCAUUUAGCUUAUGCAAAAGUUAUAAAAAAGCUCAACUUCUGCGGGUAGGAAAUGAAAGCAGAUACGGUGGAGUUUGGCAUGGGAAACAAGGAAGCUCAACCGCUGCAUCUGCUUGCAGAUUGUAAACACCGGAAUAUCAUUGGACUAGUUUGAAUUCUUGAAUUCCUACUUUUGUCAUUUGAUGCUUUGUCUUCAGAUGUUGUGCUCUCAUCUGUUCAGACACUACUGAUGCGAAGCUGUUUGUUUUCCGCUAAAUGAUAUAAAGUUGCGCUGCAUUCUGUUGUGCACACAAUCUCAGAGAAACUAUAACUAUCAGGGUCAUUUGGAAAAUUGCUUCAGUAAAUAAAGAGCUCUGCUGCAACAUCUAGUGGCUAUAAA